AUGAUUAUUUUAUUGCUUAUUUAAACAUGUUAUAGUUCCACUCUAAUUGACAUAUCAACCAAAAAUAGUAUUACUGACCUAUUCAUUGGUUGUUAAAUAAAAGGAGAAAAUUAAAACAAUCUAUUAUUCCAGUGUUAAAAAAUGAAUGCCAUAAUUCCUAAAUAAGAAUUAGAUUAAGAAAUUGUUUUAGCAUACUCUUUUAAUAAAACAGAAGAUAUUUAAUUAAGCAAUAUGCUUCUAAGUCAAUUAAUAAUAGAUACAGAAACUUAAUUUUAUGGUAUACAAUUUCUUAAUUUACAUAAUUCAAACUAUGGUGAUUUUUUGUAGAUGAUCUAAUUUUCUAUAACUAAUUCUUCAUACUAUAAUUACUAAGCCACUGUUAUCGAUGGAACUUUAAAUAUGAUUACUCUUAUAAGUAAUUAUCAGAUUUCUAAAUUUAGAGAAUUAUGUAAAUGAAACUAAAAUCGUUCUUUAUUUUAUCCCAAUCUAUCCAGGUAGAGUCAAGUUUAUUCCUUUGCCAUCAUAAAACUUUACUUGCGAAACCAAUUGUGACAUCAAAGGAUUUUCAUAAUAUUUUAAUAAAUAAAGAAAUAGUUUAGUUAUAGUUUUUUCUGAAGAGAAUUCAUUUAAAAUAGUCGAAUUUCCUUUUAAGGAUUGGAACUUUAGAAAUAUAUCAAAUUAUAACAUCACUGAAUUUUUAGAUAACGAAAUUAUUCUUAAAACAAAAUUAUUUGAAGAUUAUUUACUAGUUGAAUUAAAAACUUCUUAAGCAUUAUUUUCUAUUUCUUCUAUUAUUUUUGAACUUAAACUCUUAAAAAUUUUCUCUAAAUAACCUUUAUAUAUUGAUCAUAAAACAAAUCUAAUCUUUUAGAAAUCUGAAAAUUAAACUGUGGUUUAUAUUAUAUAAAAUUAAUAAAAUUGGUUUGUUUAAAAACAAAUUACACUAUUGUCAAUAUUAGAUGUUUAAUUUACAGAUUCUAUCAUAGUUGAAAAUGAAAACUAAUUUAUUUUUAUUUAUGACAAUUUUCAAAAAAUAACUAUAUAAAUAGACAUAAAUUAGAAUAUCAAUACAGAAAGUGAAUGUUUAAACAAUUUUACAAAAUUUCCAUAUCCAAAUCCUAGUAGCUUAAAUUAUUAAUUCAAACUUUUGUAAAAGACACUUGAACCAAAUAAGAUUCAUAAUGAACCUCUUUAAGAAUUAUAAAAUUAUACAUCUUGCAUAAAGCCUUGUGAUCUUUUAUAUUUUAAUUAUGAGAUCUCCUUAGUUCCUUAUGAUUAAUAAUGCAUUAUUUCUAAUUUAUAGUAGUGGUUAACUGAUUACUGCAGUUUUUCAAAUAGUUGUAUGAAAUGUAAUAAGAAUAUUGGAUGCUAUUGGGAAAAUGAUACUUGUUAGAAAGAAACUGAAAUGUAUAAAAUUGAUUUAUCAUCAAAUGAAUAAAGUUCAAAAUGGUAUUAUGGUAAGCUUUGGCAAUGUGAAGAAAUAUUAUAAAAAAAUACUUAAACAUUUAGUGAUUAUAAUUAAACUGAAUUCUAAUAGAGUAAGGAAUUCACUUAUAAGGGUAAGAUAAGGAAAGAUUAAAUUUAUUCUUGGUUUUUUGACGCAGAAGAAUUUUAAUAAUUCAAUUUAUAUUUCAAAGCUGAUUUAGUAAAAAUUCCUUUUUAAAGUUAAAUAUCAAUUUGUUUUGGUAUGAAUAAAAAUGAAAUUUGUACAUAAAUGAAUUUUGAUCUAUGGGAUUUAAAUUAGUCUACAAUAUAUCGUUUUAAAGGAUACUUUUUUAGAUAUACAAUAAUAUUUAAUGAAGAAAAUUUUGCUAAUGAAAUGACGUUUGUGUUUUAAAAUUCUCCUCCAAUAUCAAUAAUUGAUAGAUUGAAAUAAUCACUAUUUUAAAUGUUGGUUUUUGUUUUAUGUGGAAUAUUAUUAUUUUGUAUAAUGGGAUAUAUGGCUAAAAGAAGACUAUAAUAUUUGGUAGCUUAAACAAUAGAUAAUGAUUUAAUUUAAGUAAUGAUAUAAAGGUUAUAAUUUUAGAUAGGACCUUAUUUUUAAAAUUAAGUUCCUUUGUCAGAGGAAAGAUUAAAAAAUGUAAUGUAAAAUUUAAUAGAUUAAGAGAUUAUAAUAAAAUAUCCAUCUGAUCCUUGUUUAUUAUUAUACGGAGAGGAUUGUUGUGCUUUUUGUUUAGAUUAAUUUGAUGUUUCACAAUUCGUAACUCAAUUAUUUUGUGGACACGUUUAUCAUUAUGAUUGUUUUGAAGAUUGGAUUAAAAUAAUAGGAUUAUUAGAUAAAUGUCCAAUAUGUAAUUAGAAAGUAGAGCACUUUCUAUCUAAUAAAGAAGAUUAUGCAAUAAUUAAGUCAUAAAUUUUGGACAGAAUAAAUGAGUCGGAGAAACAUACAACUUAAUUAAUUGAAUGACA